AUGGAUGUAGAUUAUAUGUAUGCUCCUUUUGGUCGUCCACCUUCAAGAUUAGGUCGUCAUACAAAUUCUAUGCACUCCGGUUCAAAAAAAUCCAGAAGAAAAUCUUCAGCUACAUCUUUAACUCGAUUAAAAGUUGAUAAUUCUUUCCUAAAAAAUCAAAAUAUUAAACUUUUAUUGGAACUUGAACAUUCUAGAUUAACUAUUCAAGCUUUAAAAAAUAUUGUUAAUCAAAAAGAGUCUACCUUACAAAGUUAUCGUAAUGAAAAUCAAAAGGCUAUACUAAAAAUUAGAGUUUUAGAGGCUUUGAUAUUUAGUAAACAUGCCAAGGAUGGAAGUAUAAUCGUAAGGAGUGGCGGUGGCAGUGUAAACGAAAACGGGUUAUCUACCUGUGAAAAAGUUGAUAAAGUUGAAAAAGUUGAUAAUAAAUUUGAUAAUAAGUUUGAUAAUAAGUUUGAUAAUAAGUUUGAUAAUAAGUUUGAUAAAGUUGAUAAAGUUGACAAAAUUGUAAACGAUGAUACAAAUCUUGUUGAUAAUUCUGUUCAACCUACUACAAAUCAAGAAAAUCAACCUAUCAAAAAAUCUAAAGAAAAAUCUCUUAAAAAGGUUUCUUCUCCUGCUGGAUCUUCUCCUCCUGGUUCUACUAAAAUUAAUCAUUCUCGUUCUAAUAAUAAUUCCCCUCCUCAAUCUACUAAACAAUCUACAAAAAAUUCCUCUCCUUCACAACCUUCUUCUCAACUUGCUUCUUUAUUCCGUCCUCCAUCAAUAUUAUCAUCUAUUCUUCCUUCUCAAUCUAAUCAAUCAAGUCAAUCAAAUCAUUCAAAUCAAUCUAAUCAUUCAAAUGAUUCUCCCAAAAAAAUUAAACAUCAAAGACGUUGGUCUAUGGAUUUUGGUCCUCGAAAUCAUUUAAAUAGUGAUGAAGAAAUUACUACCGCUUCUGAUGAUAUUAAUGUAUCUUCUUCACGUAAUCGUCAAUCUAUAUCUCCAACUUCUUCGUCUACCGUUUACUCUGGUAGUGCUACAAAUGAAUCAAAAUCUCGUGGUAUGCCACGUUUAUUUAAACGUAAAACUGGAGAUUUAAUUCAAACUUUAGCUUCAUGUCGUCCUACUAGUACAAAAAAUGGAUAUGAUUUUUCUCCACCGACUACUCCAAUUCCAUUAGAUAAUCAUGAAUUAAGUGAUGAUAAUAAUGUUGAAGAGUCAGAAGUGGAAGAAAUUUGUGAGAAUAAUGAGAAUAAUGAGAAUUUAGAUGAAAAUAUUAUUAUUGACGAUAAAUUACAAAGACAGAGAAAGUUGGGUCAAGGUUUAUUGAGUAAAAUAUUUUCUUCUACAUCUUUUCCAUCUACGAUAUCAACUACGCCAGCUGCUCGUGGAUCGUUAAGUCGUUGA